GUCUGACCAAGAUAAGUUGUUUACCAAAUUUGUUAACGAUCCGUACUUAUCGAGCAGACGGUUUAAGUAACUGUGGUGGACAAGUUGGAACUAUCUCAACGAAACAUGGCCUUGCCAGAUACAUUUGUAGCUGGUUUCCAUGAUGAAGCAGCUGUUCGUAAAAUGCGAUACAACGUCCUAGGCAAUACCAGGCUACGGGUUUCGCACAUGGCAUUCGGUGGGGGUGCCCUUGGAGGUCCGAACACAUAUGGGGAGUAUGAUGAGGCUGAUGCAAUAUCAGCAGUGCAUCAGGCAUUGAAGCAGGGUAUUAACUAUAUUGACACAGCACCAUGGUAUGGACAGGGUCGCUCCGAGGAACUUCUGGGCAAGGCACUUAAAGACAUUCCUCGUAAUGCAUACUACAUUGGUACAAAAGUUGGACGCUAUGAGACAGACCCCACGAAGAUGUUCGACUUCAGCAGAGAAAAGACAUUAUGGAGUGUGGACCACAGCCUUAAGCUACUUGGACUUGACUAUGUGGACAUCAUACAGGUACAUGACAUUGAAUUUGCACCAAAUUUGGACAUUGUACUGAAUGAAACGCUACCAGUGCUUCAGUCUGUGGUGAAAUCAGGCAAGGCACGCUACAUUGGAGUUACUGGUUAUCCAGUAUCAGUCCUCAAGGAGGCUGUAGAGUGCAGCAACAUUAAAAUCGAUACAGUUCUCUCCUACACUCGGGAUACACUCAUAGAUGACACACUUAAGAAAUUCUUACCUUUCUUCCAGUCAAAGGGACUGGGCAUAAUCAAUGCAGCUGGAGUUUCCAUGGGUCUGCUGUCAAAUGCAGGUCCCCCAUCAUGGCAUCCAGCCCCAGAACACGUCAAGGAAGCAUGUGCAGCUGCAGGACAGUACUGCAAGGAGCGGGGUGUUGAGCUUGCUCAACUGGCACAACACUACACAAUGGCUCAACCAGGGAUCGCCACUCACCUGGUGGGUAUGAACAGCCAAGAAGUGUUACGCUCUAACCUGGAUAUUUUAAACAAUGGACUGUCAGCCUUACAGAAACAAGUGCUGCAGGAAAUCAAUACACAGUUCUUUGACAAAAUAAAGCCAGUUAACUGGGAGAAUAUUGAAAUUACUGAACUCAGGAAGAAGCUUGAAGUUUUGGGUCAGUAAACAAAACACAAAGAAAAAACAAACGAUAUUUAGCUAUACAAACUCAACGAUAGAAAAAGUCUUCACUUUCAGUGGAGAUACAUAAGACAAAAACAGGAUCAAAUGUGCUUCGAAUUAUGUAAGAAUAUUACUACUGUACUCAAGAUAUGCAUGCCAAACAUUGCUAAUUAAAUGUGUAAAAAGUAAA